AUGUCGCAAGUAACCACAGUAUUAGAACCAAAAAAGUUUGGGAGUGGCAUCGAUGCUUAUAUGAAUAGUCAACAACAACUGGACAAUAGUGAUACUAACUAUUAUCAAGAUCAACAGCAGCAACAACAGCAACCACAGCAACCACAGCAACCACAGCAACCACAGCAACCACAGCAACCACAGCAGCCUCAACGAGCACCGCUACAGCGAUUAAACAGUUAUCCAAGACGCCGACAAACACUUGUGUUACCGUCUUCUCGAGGGGAUAAUACUGAAUCAUCAUUUACGGUUCCAUUAGUAUUACCAUCGCAGACUGCUCCUAGUCUAAUCAAUAAUCAGCAAUUACGUACAACUCAAAAGCCGCAUCAACGACUGUCGCCACGAUAUCCUGAGUCACUUUUAUCUCGACAACAACAACCACAGUCACAACACCUGCAUCCACAACUAGGUGCUCCAUUUGUUAGACAACAUCUAUCUCAGUCGCCUAUACAGUCACCAAACUUUUCGCGUGUAUAUCAAUCGAAUCAAGACCACAACCAACAAUUCAAACGAAGAAUGAGUUAUACUAUGUUUUCACCGAACCCUGCAAGUCCGUUGUACCCUAGCACAUCUUCACAAUCAAAUACUAAUAAUAGAAGUAACAGCGGCAAUAAUAGUAGCAACAAUGUAUCAUCGCCAGCAACAAAAAAGUUGAAAACAGAAGAUUAUCUAUUUGGUAAUUCGCAUGGGUCUCCAUUACCUACGUCGCCGUUGCCUACAUCUACCACACUACAACCAAAUAUCAGUUAUACAAGACGAUCAAAUACACUAAAUGCGGCAACUAAAUCCACUGCCAUCAGCAACACCACCAGCAACACCAACAUUUCAGCUAUUAAAAAAGAAAAGACGCCUGAGAAUGAGAAUGAAGAUCAACGGUUUUUGAGAUUGGCUCGAGAUGCUUUGGUUGCCACUGCUCAAGGAAUCAAUCAAAGUAGUCGAGAAGUUGUUGACCCGACAAUACUGGAUUUAUUAACGAGAUUGCAAUACGCUUCUUCACCGCAUGGAAACCCAAUUUCUAAACUGGAAGGGUUGGAAGCUAAUGAUUCAGGACAAUUGAAUAUACAAGGGUUUUACCAGCUGUUUCCUAAUUUAAGUAACAAUAUAUUUGCUGGCAAUAGAGGUGAUAACAACAGUAGUACUGCUACUGAUGAUGCUAAACGUGCUGGCGUUGGCAUCGCCAGCGACAGUCGUCAUGGUCGCGGAGGAGGAGUUUCAAGUAGUAGGUAUAAUCCAGCUGGUAAUGAGCUGGGAUGGAACUUUUUAAUUGGCGAACCGUUACAAUUGAAGAGUGAUGCUGAACGAGAACGCGAGAAUAAGAAUUACUUGCAUGGUGCUGCUGCUGGUAGACCAGCUGGCCGUGCUUCGUCCAUCACAUCUUUGCUUAAUGACACCCCACUGCCGAUUGAUGCGAUGCCGUUGACUACUUCUGCAACCCACCAAGCAUUACAGCUGAGGAAACGAUCAGCAGCUUCGUUCUCAGCAAUAACCUCAACAGGAGCAACAGACACAGCAACAACGACUAAAUUGAAAACGAAAACGACCAAGAAAGCAACACCCUCAUCAUCAUUCAAAGAUCAAGCUCGUAAAUUUCUUUGUGAUAAAUGUUCAAUGACAUUUCGUCGAUCUUCGGAUUUGAAACGACACGCAAAGCAACAUCUCAGUAUACCGGCAAACAUCUGUGAAUACUGUGGUAAAGGCUUUGCCAGAAAAGAUGCGUUAAAGAGACAUAUUGGAACGUUGACGUGUAAACGAAAUGCAACAAAGAAAUUAUACAUUGAUAACUUGGCAUUUUUGAGUACUGGUGGUAGCACUGGUGGUAACAAUGGCGAGGGGGGAGAAGACGAUGAUGAAGAAGAAGAGGACGAUGAAGAAGACGAAGAAGAAGAAGAAGAGGAUGAUGACGAUGAUGAAGGAGAAGAGAGUAAUGGAGAUAUAGACCGUCUUGCUGGUGGCAGUAGUAAGAGGGAACAAAAGACAAGUAAACGCAAGAAAACCAAUGCUGAUAAUGACAAUAAUGAAGAUGAUGAUGACAAGAAACCAAAGUUUCCUACAUUUGGUUACCAAAAGGGUGAUUGGAAGGUUUAA